CAAUUUUAUGUUAUUAUCGUUAUUGUUGUUUUUACCAUUAUUAUGCUUUCAGCCGUGAAAUCCGACGGGACGCCCGAACUGUACCACCUGUCUUGCCAAGGGCCACCAGGCCCCUCCGCUACUGCACCACCUGUGAACAGUUACCCUGUUCCUCAACGACAGACGACUAGUAGAACAGCUUACACAGAUCGUCUGCUGAGGUGGAUGAAAUCAACAGGACGGUCAGUCCCUUCGGGAUUUGACCCGUCCAAACUCCCGCCCAACUUUUUCAACAUGUCCAGAGACGAGCUGAGGACUAAGAUGUCACAGGCUGCACAGGCAAGGCGUCAGAUAGGCUCCUGGGACGGCCCAGUCGUACCUCACAAGACGCCCAGUGCUCAGUCGGAGGUUACAGAGGACACAGCGGUGGAAUCCAACACGUCCUCUCCAGGCGUUUUAUCGGGAGUGGUCGCCUCUCUCGGGUCUGUCAUCGUCAUCAUGUGUUCGUUAGGAGUUUUCCUGUUUGAGAAGAGCUACAACAAUGACUGCGAACGGGAGGCAGUAGCAAAGCCUGGUCAUUACCUUGAUGUUGGCUAUGACGAAGACGCCAGCUACAGCACUAUUGACGAAAUGCAAGAAGCGUUUGCGUAG